UGAUACGUCAUCAAGCAAACGUCAUCGUGAUAAAAAUUGAUAAGCGGGGGAAUACUUGUUGAUCUAAAUAAAAUCAUUAAUACAUCAGUUAGCCACGCGAAUCGUCGAUCAAUAACCAAUUCGCAAGCUUUUUUUCACUUGAAGAAUGAAAAGCACAAGCGUUUUUGUACAAAUAAUUAAAUUGCUUGUAGUGUCGUGGUCCUCAAUAGAAUACACUUGUGCGCGUAGAGUACAGUAUCCAGAAGAUGGUUAUUACGGAAACAACUUUUUUGACGCACAGUCAUUGGAUUCUAAAGUAAAUGCAGCAUUGCAGAGGCUUGAACACACACCAAAAUGGGUAAAAGACUGGCCGGAUCCAUCAGUCCAAAUGGGUCAGGUGUCUGGGCUGGCUCUAGACACGGAUGGACACCUGCUGGUGUUCCAUCGAGACAACAAUGUUUGGGACGAACGGACAUUUACACCUCGAAAUGUUUAUCAGGGUAUAGGCGAGCCUCCUAUUUCGAGACCUACAAUUCUAAAGUUCAACGAUACCGGGGAGUUGAUUGACUCAUGGGGAGAGAACCUGUUUUACAUACCUCAUGGUAUAACAGUGGACAGAGAAGGAAAUGUGUGGCUGACGGACGUAGCUAUGCACCAAGUGUUCAAAUUCACACCUGAUCAGAGGCAGAAACCCGCACUUGUAUUGGGCGAGAAAUUCAUCCCUGGAAAUGAUGACCAGCACUUCUGCAAGCCGACCUCGGUGGCUGUGAUGUCUAACGGUGACUUCUUCGUGGCAGACGGCUACUGUAACCACAGGAUACUGAAGUACUCCCCUAAAGGGGAAAUCAUACUGCAGUGGGGGAAAGCUCACGGCAGAGACAACUUCGUAUUCAACGUGCCUCACGCGUUGACUCUGGCCGAAGACCGCGGGCUGCUGUGCGCCGGCGACCGCGAGCGCGGCCGCGUGGCCUGCUUCCGCAGCGACAACGGCACAUUCGCACACAACUUCGCUUCUUGGCUCAUCGGCUCGCGGCUCUUCAGCGUCGCCUACUCGCCGGCGCAGGGUGGCCGCCUCUACGUGGUGAACGGUCCGUACGGCACCUCCCCGGUGCCCGUCCGGGGCUACGUCAUCGACUUCACGUCCGGCGCACUGUCCGGCACCUUCGCGCCGGACGGCGGGCUCCACAACCCGCACGACGUGGUCGCCACGCCGGACGGCGGCGCGGUCUACGUCGCCGAAAUCAAUCCGUACAGGGUGCACAAGUUCGUCGAUGAUACCAUCCAGAAAGCGGCUGACGUCACUCAUGCGAAGGUGGCGGUGAAACCGACGGCGACGGUCGGUAAGUGAUUUUAACCAGUCAGCAGACCUUAGAAUACGCGCCACGAUUUUCUUUUUCUUUUAACUUUUACGCGAUAUGCACAUACAUUUUUCGCCUAAAAUUAUCGAUAGAUAGAAGAUUUUAUCGCGUCUUAGGCCUACAGCCUGACUAAGAUGCGCACCGUGAUAAAAUCUUAUCGAUGAAUGACGACAAACGUAUGAACUUAUCGCGUACAAUCGACAUAAUAGUUUAUCGUGGCGCACAUCCUAGGCCUACAAGUGUAUGUUGAAAACAUAAUCUUUUUAGUUCCCGGAUUAAGAAUAUUCAUUAGAUUAUAUGUAUAGGCCAGGGCUUGAGGGUGGAACCUAGGUUCAUUUUAUAUUAUCUAUGCCCUUUUA